AUGGCGCCCGUCCGAGGUGGGGCGCCGGCAAGUGCCGACCGCGCUGCUGGCGCCCGGCCCGCGGCCGUCUCGGCCAGACACCCGCGCGCCGCGGCGGCUGGCAGGCGAGCUGAAGAGCGACGCCGGCAGUGGCGGCACAGGGCAGGCCUGCGCGGGGCGUUCGGCGCGGCCGCAGGGGCUGCGCUGGCGGCUGCUCUGGGAGGCGCUGCCGACCUUGCCGCGGUAGCGCACGCAUCGCCCGCUGCGGCCAGGGAUCCCGACGAGGCCGCGGAGGUCUUCGUGGCGCUGCACCACGCGUUUCAGUGCUCCGCGGCAAUGCAGUGCGCGGAGCUGGAGGCCGUGAUUGGGACCGGCGACAGGCACUCGCUCGACGACUUCGUCACCGGAGUCGCAGGGUCCCCGCCAGCCUCUGGUCUGGCGCUGCGGGGCACGCUGCUCGGGCGUGGGCCUGACUUUGUCGACAUCGCGGUGGAGGAGGCCGUGGGGCCCUGGCAGGAGGCCACGGGAGGCGUUCCCAGGUUGCGGCGGCUGCGCGUCCGCAGGGAUGCUGGGGUCAACGAACGCCUCUUCCUGUGCGACGGCCUGUCGCUUGGCGACCUUGAGGACCCAGACGGCGGGCAGCAGGAAGUGACGCUCCGCCUGGACACAUCGCUGGCUUUCAACUGGAUCAGGUUCGCCGGCUACCUGUCCUGGGCGCGGUACCUGGCGGGGGUGAUCCGGCUCUCCCGUGGCGCGGCGGCGGCGGACAGCGGCGCGCCGCUGUUCGUGGACGUGGGCGGCGGCUCGGGCUGGCUGUCGGUGCUGCUCAAGGCGUCCCUCGGCGACUCCUGCAGGGUGGCGUGCACGGACAUCGCCGUGGAGGCCCUGGAGCUCGCCCGGGCGGACGUGGAGCGCAACGGUCUGGAUAUCACCCUGGUCCAGGGGGACCUCCUGAAACCCCUGGAGGGAGCGCCGCCGCCAGAGUUCGUCUUCUUCAACCCGCCGCAGGUCCUGGAGGACGCGAGCCGCCCAGACUCCUGGAGGGGCAGCCCGGACGUCUCGCUGCUCGCGCCUGGCGGCGACGCCAUCCACUUCCACCAGCGCUUCUGUAGGGAGGCGAGGCUGGCUCCCGGCGGCAUCGGGUGGCUGGGCGUGAACUGGGAGAUCUUGCCGAGCGUGGUGGAGGCGUGCUGCAGCCUGGGCUGGGAGGUGACCCUGCCAGAGGCCACGCGGGACCUCACCACGGCCCCCUCGGCGCUUGUGGAGCUCCGUGCCGCGCCGGACGCGAGCGAGGAGAGGGCCGCGCGUUGCGUGGACACCGCGAUGGGGCAGGCGGCCGCCGCUGCGGAGUACCAGGUGAGGGCGGUCGGCAGCCGGGACGACGAGGAGCGGGUGGAGCAGCAUCGCAGAGCGGCGUCGCGAGGGGUGCCCGCUGGGCAGGCGAACCUCGGCAUCGCACACGCCAUGGGGCGGGGAGUGCCCCGCAGCCGCUUCCUGGCCGCGCGCUGGCUGCACCGCGCGGCCUCUCGGAGCGUGGGGGACGCGCAGGCUCAGCUGGGGCGGCUCUACGCCAGCAGCGGCGCGCCGAGGCACCAGCGGCGCGCCGCUGGGUGGUUCCGCUUGGCCGCCGAGCACGGCCACGCGCGCUCCCAGGCGGGCCUGGGCCUGCUGCUCAUGCAGGGGCAGGGCGUGGAGCAGGCGCCCGAGGAGGCCCUGCGCUGGCUCUCCAAGGCGGCUGCGCAGGGGGACGCGCGCGCGGCGGCGGUGGUCGCGGAGAGCUACGCGACGGGUGUCGGGGUGCAGCGGUGCGAGGCCACCGCUCUACAGUGGUGCCGCAGGGCUGCCAUGGAGGGAGACGUCGUCGCGCAGACGAACCUCGGCAUCAUGAGCGCCGAGGGCCGCGGCCUGCCAGCGCCAGACCCGUCCGCCGCGGCCGCAUGGUUCACGCGUGCGGCAGAGGGCGGCGGCGUGAGUGCGCAGUUGAACCUCGGCGCGCUGCUGGAGUCGGGCGAGGGCGUGCCGCAGGAUGAUGCGGCCGCGGCCGCGUGGUACCUGCGGGCCGCCGAGCAAGGCUGCGGGGAGGCUCAGGGCCGGCUGGCGGCCAUGCACUUCGAGGGCCGCGGUGUGGAGUGCAGCAAUCAGUUGGGCGCCCAGUGGCUGCUCCGCGCCCUGGGCCAGGAAGACCCCGACGCGAGCGAGCUGUUCGAGCGGCUGCGGGAGGCCGCCAGCGAGGGCGACGACGACGCCAUGGAGGCGCUGGCGGCGAUGUCCCUCGACGAGUCCGCGACGGGCGGUGCACCCUCCUCCUUCGCCGCUCGCAGCGCCCUCUGCGCGCGGGGACCGCGGGCUGGGCUGGAGCAGGCCCGGCGGCACGGCCGCCCACGCAGAGGGCGGCCCGCUUGGGGCUGCACCCGCCCGCCAGCGGCGGCCGCCCGCGCCCUGGCGUGA